AUGGAACACUAUCAUUGUAAUGACAAGGAUAAAUUAAUCAAACGAAUAUUAUCUUUAGCAUCUGAUUAUAAGUGUCCAAUGCAUAUAAAAUCGAACGAUAAUCUUCAAUAUUUUGAUUUUUAUCAUAGUGAUAAUGUGUUAAAAUGUGAUAAUGUCAAAUCCGAUGUAAAAAUAUAUGAACUAGAUGAUUCGACACAAACCGAUUGCCGAAUGAGAAAAUUUGAAUGGGGUUAUGUUUUAUGCGAAAGUUUUGAAUUUAGAAAUUCCGAAAUUUAUGAACCAUUUUAUGCAGAUGUAUGGAGUCGAGUGGAAAUCGGACCGACCAAACCGGUACGAAUUUUAUUGCUGUGAAGAAUGAUCGGGUAGUUGGUGGAUGUCAUGUAAGUUUUGCUAGUGACGUCGCUUGUUUAUUCAAUGUAACACCUCUGAAAAAUGAACGUGGAAAAGGCAUAGGCAAGGCAUUAUCUCAAAACAGUUAUGAUAAGUGCUCGAGAAUUGAAUUAUCGUUACAUGAUAUUGCAGGCAAGUGGUAUGGAUGCACCAGUAUACAAAAAAUUGGGCUUUAAAUUUAUUCCAUCAUAUAAAACAUUCGUUAAAAUUGCCACAAUUGCACGGUAUUACAAAAUAAUCGAAAUGCGGCUCAUAAUGUUUGGCGUUCAGCAUUUACAACUAUUUAUAGAAAUUAUUCAAAAACAAUGGAAGAAUCUUCUAGUAGUUAUGAUCAUUGUGAUGAUAAUUGUGGGUAUAUAUAUAUAGCUAAAAUGUUUAAAUAACUCAUGGUUAGUUUGUAUUUAUAUAAGUACUCUAAAAAUGAGAGAGCUUCACUAUUUAAUUUUUCUAAUGAAUUUAUCUAUGUUGAUCUUUAGUGUGUUUAUUUUAUCAGUAUACGGAUCGAAUCUUUUACAUAUCGAAUAAAUAAUCUUAAUUAGUCAUUUGUAAAUUUUUAUUGAGGCCUGAAGCAUUUAUUGAAAAUCAGACUAGAUUAGUGGCUCACAGUUUUAUCAUUGACUUAUGAAUAUGAAACUAACAAGAAACUUCAGUUUUUCUGGCUAAGACUUUUUCACAAACUAGAAAAAUCAUUUCGAAGAUAGUGAAGAAUAAAGAAUUUCAUGCAUGACAAAAACUUCAGAUUUAUAGCUCAAAUACUUUUCUAUGAUUUUAAGUCUUUCUUAUUAUUGUGAAAUAUUUAUAAAAAUAUGCUUCAUUUUAAUACUUUGCUAUUUUAUAGUAAAAGAAAAAGCUUGCAAGAAUUGAAAAUAUCACCACCAUUUGGUUUACCAUAUUAAAGUGUAUUUCAUUAGGGUUCAAUAGAUGCGAUAAUGACUUCUUCCGGUAUGUUUCCUUCACUUGUAGAGUAGUCGUGAUUAUUUAUCAUGAAAAAUUAAGAAUACUUUAGUCUAGAUUGUAUAGUACAAAUGUCUUGUCUUCUGAACAUAGAAUCAGUAGCUAUUGAUCAAUACGAGAAAAAUUAUUAUGUCUUUUCAUCAACGUAUAUAUGCAACGCUUUAUAUUUACGUGGUCUUAUUAUUAUAUCAUUAGUGAUGUAAGAAUUGAAGUUAUUCGAAAAGACUUAUCUAAGAGAGUACAAUAGCCCAGAGAUGGAGCUGGUCUACUGGCCAAAACUAGCCUGCCGGUAGUAAAGAGGAUGCUAAUGAUACGUUAUUUUAUAAGUGAAAAUCCGACCUACGGACCAAAUAUCGAUCUACAGACGGGUCUAGGACAGUUGGUCGCAGACAGUUGGUCGCUGGCAGUUGGUCGCGGACAGUUGGUCGCGGGCAGUUGGUCGCAAGACAGUUGGUCGCUAGGACAGAUGGUCAUUGUGCUAGUUUUCACAAGGAUUAUGAAUAAAAUAAUCGCACAACACUAAGGGUGUGGGUGUGUGAGUGUGGGUCUGGUCUAGGUUUGGAUGUGGAUUGUUGCGGGAUUUGGACGUGCAGACAUGAGUAAAGAGACAAUUCCAACUCGCACCCCUACCCACGUCCUACUUGUUAGAUUUCUGUUGUAUCAUUGUUCAAAGUUUUCUGUAGUGUUCUCUAUUUAAUUAUGCAUAAUAUAAUAAAUAAUGUUUAACUUUUUUUGCGUCUCAUGUUGCUCCUACUUUAUACUAUGCGACCAAAUGUCCUAGUGACCAACUGUCCGGACCCCCUACAGGCAAGAGUCUGAGGCUUGAAAUGAAACCGUGUUUCAUAGUGAACUCGCUUGCGGACUACCUUCAUACUUUCACGCAUACUGGCAUAAUGUUUCACCGUUGAUAACAAUAGUCUCACUGGUUGUCAUUUCGAAAACUGCUUGUUAAAUAAAUUUCUGUGUGAUCAGUAAGACUAGUCUUGGUGCCAGUUGUUUUUUCAUAUGAAUACAAUCAUAGCGUAUGAAAGUGAAAAAUAUAGACCGAUAUCGGUUCCAUCUCUGCAAUAGCCAUUUCAAUCAGAAUGAUUCAAGUUGUGUGGACAAGUACAUUAUCUUUCUCUCAAUAACUAUUAAAAACUAUGGCAGUAGUCUUUGUCGUUGUUAACCAUGUAUCAUUUUCAACUCCAUAGAGACCAGUUCAGCUCUACAUACGAUCUAUAUGUAACAUCAAUGAUAACUAUUUGUCAUGGAGCAAAGAUCAAAAGAGACUAGUAUACGAAUAGGAGUAUUUGUACAACACACGAACACCCAAAAUGUUUGAAUAUAGAAGUGACUGUACAAUGUACACUAUUUUUUCAAAUCUAUGAGCACCCAUAUCUUUUGACAGUGAGUAGUCCUAGUGACUCGAGUUAGGUUCAUGCUCAAAAUUUCAGCAUUUUACAUGCUUGCAUAAGACAAGUCGCAGGGACAGAUUUUUUUUAAUUUUAAGCUUUGUAAUCGAAUUUGGAAUAUAUAAGCGAAAUUGAAGUAUGAGGCUUAAUAUUUAAAAAAGUCGGUUCUUGCUAUUUUCCUCAUGCAAGCAUAUAAAAGGUUCAAAUUUGGGCCAUGUACCUAACUCGAAUAGAGCUACUCACUGUCAAAAGACAUGAGUAUUCGUAGAUUAGAAAAAUAAGUGUACAUUGGUCAACCAUUCCUAUAUUCAAUCAUUUUGAGUGUUCGUAGGAUCAGUUCACCGAGCUCUAUCCACUAUUGGUAUCACUUCCACAUUUGGCAGUGUUUGCGUGUUUUACAAAUAUCUCAUGCAUGGUGAAGGUGCACCAGUUUCUCUAGUACCAGUCAGAAUUGGGACUGGUACAUACCCAGUUGUUCAGAUAUGUAAUAGUUACAAUUUGAACAUCAAGAAUAAAUAUAGCAUUUUUUAAAAGUUUCAACCUUAUUUAAGCUCAAUAACAUUCAAACCCUAGUCAAUCCUCACAAUUUUUGUUAAUUAAGUUUACUAUUUAUUUGAAGCUUUAAAAGUAUCAGCUCAUAUAUCUUUGCUUCGAACACCUAGAAUAGAUUUCCAGAUGGAAACGACAUGGUAAAGAUAUCUUGGUUAAACGUAAUUCUCCUUUCAAUCGAUUGUCUUAUUACCUAUCCAGUAGCUGACUUUUUCAAUAGAGAAUUGUAUCCAUCAGUAAUCGUUCAUACAUCAUAACAGCUCAAUUAUCGAAACUGUCUACUCUUUACAGUAGAUCAUAGCGUUAUGAUCAAUAUUCUCAUAUAGAAUUCGAAUUGACAAAGAAAAUUGUGAUUGAGACAACGUUAAUGAGUAUUAUUGAAACGAGUACACUUCGAAAGGUGACUUUUUAUCUUCUUUUCUUCUUCAAUACUAAUUUACAAAUAUGAGUGACAAGAAAACAAUGUAGACCUGAAAAAAUAUCUUUUCAAAAAUAUAUUGAUCUCUGAGAGAUAUAUUGUAGAGUGUCGUAUACACACUGUCGACAUUCAAUGCUUAACUAAUCUCUUUACGUCCAAUCGUCGGUAUGACCGUAAUUAAUUGACCUUGUACUGAAAUUCAAAAAUAGAUACGGAGUAAUGUCUUCCAGAUUAUACAUAUCCAUGUCGUUUUCGUCUAUCGAAAUUCAUUAGAACACUUGCAUACCAUCUGUGAAGAAAAUGUCGAAGAGUUUAAGUGAAGUAUAUACGUUCUUUUUACAUUCUGUCUUUCAGAUUGCAAAGGGCUAAUAUAAGCAUUGUAGGUUCUUCUCUGAUCUUUUGAUGAAGAAACCGUUUGUGUUUUCUGUAGAACAUAAAUUAUCCGCAGAAAAUGAACAAUAAUACAUUUUUAAUUGCACUUUUCUGUUCUUGCCUUCGCAGAUAACGAUAUGCUUGUACAUGAAAGACUUAAGAGACGUUCCAUCAAAAAAUCAAAAAAUUUCACAUAUCGAAAAACAUGGGGGUCAACCGAUUUUUAAUCUGACCUCAUAGGAUUUUAGGCCUUAGUGUACCAUAUAUAAAUCCAAAAUAUUACGGUCUAAAGAUCUACCUAUAGUUGGCUAGGACCGAUGAACCUGACAUAUCCUAAAAAAUACCAUCAAAAAAUGCAAAAAAUUCAACUUUUAGUUUCGCUGAAGUUUUUCCUUGAAAUUUUUCCACAGUUCAAAUUGAAUCAUAUACCAAUCGAUAGAGCUUGACUUGCUCUACAAAACGGUAUAUAUGACAUUUCUUCUCAACCUCGAUAUUGACGGCAAAAAGUCAAAAAACAUUGUUUUUUAUGCAUAUACGAUUUCAUGGUUUUUUUCAGUAUUUUGAUCAAAUAUCUAGGUCAGAAAUCGAUUGCCAAAAAAGUUUACACAUCAUUUUAUAGCCCAUUCAAUUCUGCAUCGAAUCAUAUAUGGGACGUUGCUGAACAACGUUCAGCACUUGAGAUGACCAUACUCAUAUUUUGUUUUGUUUAGCGAAAUCAGAUGUCAUAUCAGAUUCAUAUCGGAUUCAUAUUUGAAUUUUUUUUCUUAAAACUUUUCUACUAUUCAAACUGAAUCAUAUACCAAUCGAUAGAGCUUGAAUUGCUCUACAAAAUGGCAUACAUGACAUUUUUCCUCAAUCUCGAUAUUGAAGUCGAAAAGUCAAAAUACUGUAUUUUUUGACGUAAUAUAAAUUUUUUUCCCAGUAUUCUGAUGAAAUGUCUCUAUCAAAAGAUGAAUGCCAAAACGGAAAUAGCAUCAUCUUAUAGCCCGUUCAAUUCUGCAUUGAAUAGUGCAUUUCACAUUGUUUUGAGAUAUUCUACAACUGAGUCACCAAGACUCAAACUUUUAGAAGUGACAUUAUAUUUAGUUAUAAUUCUUCAAGAAAAUUUUUUUAAAAUAAAGGAGGGGUCCGAUAAGCGAUGAAAUCAGUCCCCUUCAGAAAUUGGACUGUAUCUUAGUGAAAUCGUUAUAUUGGGUGUCUGAAAGCGUUCUAUUACAGGAUUAAUGAAAGCCUCC